UCGCCGUUGAGCUCACAAUAACAUGCUUUUUGGUUCUCUUCUUCUUAAGUUGAGACCAAGCAGUCUAAGCUUGCCCUACGUCACUGCUGCUCCUCUGUUUCUUCGCUGCGUCACCAUUGCGGCCAUGGGAGAGAGCUCCGAGCUUUCUUCUGCUUCUAAAUGCAAUAAUCUUUCUCAUAAGAAAGAUGAGGCCUAUCUUCAAGCUGUUAUCCAGAAGCGUAUCUCUCUGUUUGAGAAGAUCAAAGCAGAGCAGCUAGCGCAUCGGCAAGCAAUUGGAGGAGAGAAAAUCAAGAUCACAUUGCCUGGUGGUAAGGUCAAGGAGGGAAAGAAAUUGAUAACAUCACCGAUGGACAUAGCAAAGGAAAUAUCCAAAAGUCUAGCGGGGAAUGCUUUGAUUUCCCAGGUAAAUGGUACUCUAUGGGACAUGUCAAGACCUCUAGAGGAAGACUGUGAACUAAAGUUGUACACUUUUGACUCCCAUGAAGGGCGUGAUACCUUUUGGCAUUCUAGUGCCCACAUUCUUGGACAGUCCCUUGAAAUGGAGUAUGGAUGCAAAUUAUGCAUUGGACCUUGUACAACCAGGGGAGAGGGGUUUUACUAUGAUGCCUUUUACAAUGACUUGACCUUGAAUGAGGAGCAUUUUGGACAUAUUCAAUCCCAGGCAAAAAAGGCUGUUGAUGAAAAACAACCAUUUGAGCGGAUAGAAGUAUCAAGGCAGCAGGCUCUAGAGAUGUUCACAGAAAAUGGCUUCAAGAUUGAGAUCAUAAAUGAACUUCCUGAGGAUAAAACCAUUACGGUCUACCGGUGUGGGCCCUUAGUUGAUCUUUGUCGGGGACCACACAUUCCAAAUACAUCUUUUGUGAAAGCUUUUACCUGUUUAAAGGCCUCGUCUUCCUACUGGAGGGGAAAGGUAGACCGGGAAAGCCUGCAAAGAGUUUAUGGAAUUUCAUUUCCUGAUCCAAAAAAGUUGAAGGAAUACUUGAUUCGGUUGGAAGAAGCAAAGAAAUAUGACCACAGAUUACUUGGACAAAAUCAAGAGCUUUUCUUUUUCCAUCCUCUCAGUCCUGGAAGUUGUUUCUUCUUGCCACAUGGCACUAGAAUAUAUAACAAACUGAUGGAAUUCAUACGAGAUCAAUAUAGAGAGAGAGGUUACCAAGAGGUUUUAUCGCCAAACAUAUACAACAUGCAACUCUGGGACACAUCAGGGCAUGCUGCGAACUACAAGGAAAACAUGUUUGUUUUUGAGGUUGAAAAACAAGAAUUUGCACUUAAGCCGAUGAACUGCCCUGGGCAUUGUCUUAUGUUUGAACAUAGAGUUCGGUCAUACAGGGAGUUACCUAUACGCAUGGCAGAUUUUGGGGUUUUGCAUCGAAAUGAACUCAGUGGUGCCCUUACUGGUUUAACUCGUGUUCGGAGGUUCCAACAGGAUGAUGCUCAUAUAUUUUGUACGGAAUCACAAAUAAAAGAUGAGGUUAGGGGUGUCUUAGACUUCAUAAAGCAUGUGUAUGAUACUUUUGGAUUCACCUUUGAGCUGGAGCUAUCUACGAGGCCUGAGAAGUACUUAGGAGAUAUUGAAACUUGGGAUAAGGCGGAGGGUGCAUUAAAGGAAGCGUUAGAUGAGUUUGGCAGGGAUUGGGAGAUCAAUACAGGUGAUGGUGCAUUUUAUGGGCCAAAGAUAGACAUUAGUGUAUUUGAUGCUUUGAAGAGGAAGUUUCAGUGUGCUACAUUGCAGCUGGACUUUCAACUUCCUGCUCGUUUCAACUUAACCUACUCAGCAGAGGAUGAAGCUAAAAGAGAAAGACCCGUGAUGAUACACAGGGCUAUCCUAGGAUCUGUUGAAAGAAUGUUUGCAAUACUUUUGGAACACUACAAAGGAAAAUGGCCCUUUUGGUUGAGUCCUAGACAAGCUAUUGUUUGCCCUGUGUCAGAGAAAUCUCAGGCUUAUGCAUUGAAGGUUCGAGACCAGAUCCAUCAAGCUGGCUAUUAUGUAGAUGUUGAUACUACUGAUAGGAAAAUUCAAAAGAAGGUACGAGAAGCUCAGUUGGCUCAAUACAACUAUAUAUUGGUCGUUGGUGAGGAGGAAGCAAACACCAAUCAGGUGAGUGUAAGAGUUAGAGACAAGUCUGAUCACUCAGUGAAAUUCAUGGAAGAUCUCCUUACUCAAUUCAGGGAAGAUACAGCUGCAUUUCGUUAGUUUAUUUAUGGGAAUUAUGGAGCUCAAACUGGUAAUGGCUGGUUUGAACCUGUUAAAAGAAUGAGCUUGCGCUCAGGUGGUGAAACUGUAUUUUAUAUGAGGGGCUUGCUCUGUUUGUCUUGAAAUCUGGAUUUUGGCAUUCUGAUACUUAAUUGGUGCCAGAAAUUGGCUACAUUUUGUGAUCACUAAUGCAUUAUUGCUACUCCAUUACAAUAGAAUCUUCUUGUUUGCAUCCGAGUUGGUCUUGAGAGAACUGCAAGACAUGCAGAACGUAUAGAAAUGUUAUUUCUGCAUUUCCUUUUGCCUCUUGAAGAUCAAGCAAAAGUUUAUUUCAAAAUGGCUGUAUAAUGAGAUGAACCAUUAAACUUGUAGAGAUAGAUAUUUAAUGUUAUGGCUAGUAUUCCAGGUCAUCGA